UGGAACCAGAAAUCAUGUCCGCCGAUUCUUUCAUUGCGAUCGAAUUGGCACUGCUCCAGCAAGAUGCUUCUUUGGUUUCAGAGUGUAUAUCGCACGAUGGAUUUGGUAUACGUACAGCUGCCGAAAUGGCUUCUUGCGUCGUGUCUGGCCAGUAUCGAACAGUCAUAGACAAUCCUACAGUUUCUGCUUGUUAUCCUGUUCCACAAGAGGCGCUAGACGGUGUCAGUCCUCCUCAUGACACACAAUUGCUAUUUUUGCUAAAUGCGGUGGCACAUCUGCAACUGUUUCUUCAGGAGAAUUGGACUGGUCCUCCUGUUAGAGGGAAAGACGCUGGAGAUGGAGACGGUGUUGACUGUAUGAAGGAAGUCAACGAGAAGGCACUUGAUGCAUUGAUCUGUGAUGGAGAAGCAGUAUAUCAUCUGACUGCAAAUCCUUAUCUGCUGCAAUCUGCAAAAGCAAUUCUUGUGGAUAAUUCUCAUCUUAUCAGACAAUGUUUAAGUUGGAGUUGGUGGACGCUGAGGUGUCUGGUUACUUAUCAGCAUGUACUUGACAACAUGUCAGCAUCGAUUUAUGAUACUCUUGUUGAAGUUGUCAAAGCUGCCAGCGAAGAAGACUCACAACUUAUGCAAUUGAUCAGUCAAUCCAAGGCUUUGCAGUGUCAGUGGCAUUUAGAAGUUGGUCAUGCAUGCCUUUUGUAUGGUCAGGUUACACAAGCUCAGGAACACUUGCUGAGUGCAAAAACUUUAUGUGGUUUGAAGAUUAAUUUGACAGGUGCUCUUGGAAAGCGUACGCGAUACCAGGAAAAAAGCACUGCCCAAUUAGUGUUGGAAGUGAGCAGAGAAGAUGGAAGAGAACCAUUGGGUUGGAGUUGUUGCUAUCACAAGAGUGACUUUUCAGAUAUGGAAUCAUCUCACUAUCCAAGGAACGUAGAUUUGCAAGAUGACGUUUUGCUGGAUGAGAUGAAGUUUGUUGAUCCUGAUGUUGGUCGACCAUUGAUGUCUCUGACUGCUUUAGAUCAAGCUGUAAUAUUAGCUGAGUGUCGUUUGCUGUGGAAAAGCAAUCCCUCUCACAAACUGACUACUGAAGAACUUAAUGCAUAUUUGUCUCAAGUUUUGCAGACAAAACUCUGCUGGAGUAUUUAUUGUGCCGCUCUGUUUUGGCGGUCUCAUUUGGAGGAGACUGUAACAAGGAAAGUUGAAAGGGCAAUGGCACAAACUCAGGCUCUGGUUGAUAAAGCUCUUGAUUUUCAACCUGAAGUAUUGAUACGUCUGCAUCUUUUGCAUGCAUCAGGUCUUCCUUCCAGAUGGAUGAUUGAACAUCAGCUUGCUAAGAUUUUGCAGAGUCUUGGUUGUACUGAAAGUGCAUUAGAGAUAUAUCACAGACUUGAACUGUGGGAAAACGUAAUUAUUUGUUAUCAACAGCAGAACAGGAGGGGUCAAGCCGAGACGGUAAUCAGGGAAAGAUUGAAAGAACGUGAAACACCUGAACUUCUAUGCUAUCUUGGAGAUGCUACAUUGGAUCCAGUACAUUAUGAGCGAGCUUGGGAAGUAUCAAAUCACCGUAGUGCUCGAGCCCAGAGAUCAUUAGGAUUGCAUUAUUUAAGAAGAAAAUUAUACAAAGAGUGCAUUUCCAGCUUUCAGAAAACCUUAGCAUUGAAUACAUUGCAGGGAGGUGUUUGGUUUUCUCUUGGAUGUGCUGCUUUGCAAACUUGUGAUUUGGAGCUUGCUAUAAGGGCUUUUAGGAAAUGCGUUUUGAUUGAUUCUGAGAACUUCGAAGCUUGGAACAAUCUCGCUGCCUCAUUUAUCAAAAAGAGAGACAAACACAAGGCAUUUGGUGCGCUGAAGGAAGCGUUGCGAUGUGAUUACGAGAACUGGAAAGUGUGGGAAAACUACCUUCUUGUAUGUUCGGACAUUAACGAAACCAACGAGGUUAUCAAAGCGUAUCAUCGAUUGCUUGAUUUGCGAGAUAAGUAUGUGGACGAGGACGUGUUGACCGCACUAGUCCAUGCUGUUGCGUUAGAAACACAAGCCGCGACACAGUCAGGAGGAAGAGGUCUGUACGGUAAAGCUGCCGAGUUGUUUGGACGCCUGACUUCUAAAACGACCGGCAACUCUAUUGUAUGGAAGUUGUACUCGCGGCUUCACAGAAGUCAUUACGAGCUGCAGGACGAAAGCACGGAGACGUUUGAUAAAGUUUUACUGUGUCUACAGAAAGCGGUCAAUUGCAGGUUACAGACAACUGUCGCUGAUAGAGACGUGACCGCGUUGAAUGAGACGAUUGAGUUGUGUGUGGAACUAGCACAGACGUGUCGCCGAUUUGCAGAACUAAAGAAGGAUGCCGAACGAGACGUCGCUAUCAAAACGCUGUCGUCCGUAAAAUUGAAUGUUCGAAGUAUUCUCGCCAGAGUGAAGAAAUUGGAGAAUGAAAAUGCUGUGACCGAAGAUGCGUUGGAAGGUGUUGCUAAACUGCAGUCCGAACUAUCCUUGGUAGUACAUACUAUCGAAUGUCUUAAAAACGGUCGUGAAUAAUUAGAUUAAUCAAUAACGGGAAUUGACGACAUUGAUUCAAAAUCAGCCUGGGACCGGA